GCGGAGGUGAGCGGAGCGGAGGUCCUUUAUCUCACUGAUGCUCCCCGACCACCAUUACCAUUUUAUGAGUUGAGGACACUGAGGUUCGUGGAGGUGACUAAACUGUCGGUGUUCUUUUCGUGUUGGACACAGUGCAUGUUCCUGGGUACUCAUUGUGAAGGAGACAGAUGGCAUUCACCAGACUCGAGGUGCAGAGCCCAGUGUUGGAGAUGUGGACCUCACUGUAGCUCCGUCAUGACUUCCAGCUUCUUGGAUCUGGGGCUCCAGAGGAGGAAAUGAUUGUCAGGGCUCUUGCUCUUGUUUCUGCUGCAUUACAGAAAGUGGACCUUCAUAGAGUGUGGACUUACCAAGGACAGGAAAGUUUCUCUCUUUGAAGGACUUUAAAUUUGUAACAAAGAACAUAAAAAUGACAACUUCAUCUAUCAGACGACAGAUGAAAAACAUUGUGAACAAUUACUCAGAGGCAGAAAUCAAAGUCCGGGAAGCCACUUCUAAUGACCCAUGGGGCCCAUCCAGCUCUCUGAUGACGGAGAUUGCUGACCUGACCUACAAUGUGGUGGCGUUCUCGGAGAUCAUGAGUAUGGUUUGGAAGCGCCUGAAUGACCAUGGCAAGAACUGGCGGCAUGUGUACAAGGCACUGACGCUACUGGAUUACCUGAUCAAGACGGGCUCUGAGCGGGUGGCCCAGCAGUGCCGAGAGAACAUCUUCGCCAUCCAGACCCUGAAGGACUUCCAAUACAUCGACCGUGAUGGCAAGGACCAGGGCAUCAAUGUGCGUGAGAAGUCAAAGCAGUUGGUGGCCCUUCUCAAGGAUGAGGAGCGGCUGAAGGCUGAGAGGGCCCAGGCUCUCAAAACCAAAGAGCGCAUGGCCCAGGUGGCCACAGGCAUGGGCAGCAACCAGAUCACCUUUGGCCGUGGCUCCAGCCAGCCCAACCUGUCCACAAGCUACUCGGAGCAGGAAUAUGGCAAGGCUGGGGGAUCGCCGGCCUCCUACCAUGGCUCCACCUCCCCUCGGGUGUCCUCUGAACUGGAGCAGGCCCGGCCACAGACGAGUGGAGAAGAGGAGCUGCAGCUGCAACUGGCACUUGCUAUGAGCAGAGAAGUGGCCGAGCAGGAAGAACGCCUCAGGCGGGGUGAUGACCUCAGAUUGCAGAUGGCCCUGGAAGAAAGUCGGAGAGACACUGUUAAAGUCCCAAAAAAGAAAGAGCUUGGCUCCCACCCACAGCAGACUACCCUGUUGGAUUUAAUGGAUGCCCUCCCUAGCUCAGGACCUGCUGCCCAGAAAGCUGAGCCCUGGGGCCCAGGGACUCCUGCUAACCAGACCAACCCCUGGGGCGGGCCAGCAGCUCCCACAAGCACUUCAGACUCCUGGCCAUCGUUUGGUGCCAAGCAAGCUGCCUCUGUGGACCCAUGGGGAGUGCCCACCACAGCCAACACACAGUCUGUCCCCAAGAGCUCAGACCCCUGGGCAGGUUCGCAGCAGCCUGCCCCUGGUGCUGGGAAGAUAACGGACGCUUGGGGUGCAGCCUCUGCUGUCAAGCCUGGCUGUACUUCAGGGUCCUUUGAGCUCUUCAGUAAUUUCAACGGUACAAUUAAAGAUGACUUUUCUGAAUUUGAUAACCUCCGGACUUCAAAAAAAACAGCUGAGUCCGGGACCUCCCUGCCAUCCCAGAACAAUGGAACCACUACCAGCCCUGACCCAUUCGAGUCUCAGCCCCUGACUGUUGCCUCGAGCAAGCCCAGCAGUGCCCGGAAAACGCCUGAGUCUUUCCUGGGCCCCAACGCGGCCCUGGUGAACCUUGACUCGCUGGUGACCAGGCCUGCCCCACUAGCCCAGUCCCUCAACCCCUUCCUGGCACCAGGUGCCAGCACCCCGGCCCCAGUCAACCCCUUCCAGGUAAACCAACCCCAGCCACUGACGCUGAACCAGCUGCGGGGGAGCCCUGUCCUGGGGAGCAGUGCAUCAUUCGGGCCUGGUCCAGGGGUAGAGCCCAUUGCUGUGGCCCCCAUGACCUCAGUGGCCCCACACCCAGCUCUGGCAGCCAGCAGCUCCUCUUUGACACCACUGGGCCCUGCAACAAUGAACAUGGUGGGCAGUGUGGGCAUCCCCCCAUCGGCAGCGCAGACUACCGGCACAACCAACCCUUUCCUUCUCUAGUGCCACCUGGGAUCUGUCCAGAGCAAACACCUGGCGCACCUGUGCCAGAGGACGCCAAGUGGGGACUCUCUCAUUUGUGGGGUGGUGGCCAAGAGUAUGGUGGGGGUGGGGUUAGGGCUUUUCAGUUCCAGCUUCCUGGUGAAAGGGUUGUUGAUAUAGCCAAGACCCUCAUAGACCGAGCGAUACAUGCUCUCCUCCUCCCAAGUGCUCAAUUCCAUACCUGCUCCUCUGAGGCCUUGGACAAGGAGGACAAGUUGUCAGUGUUGCCCUUGCCCCAGACCAAGGGUUCCUGAGACGCUGCCUAGCCCAGGACUUGGGACAGUCACCGCCUUGACUUUGCCCCAACCCCUAGCCCUAGGGAGCCCCCAGGCAGUCCAGGUAUGGAUGGGGUAAAGCGUGGGUCCAUCUCACACUGACCUUUGGGGAAGUGGCUGCGCAUGUUUUAUUUCCUUUGACUCCUGUGAGUUCAAAGUAAACACUACCACGUGGACAACUCUUAAAUUAAAUCCACUAGAGCGAGCUUUAAAACUAAUCUGAGCAUAACCCUGCCACGUGGCUCUAUGCUUGUACACGUUUGCACAUAUUUUGUUUAGUACAGUUUCAUAUUUGAGUUUGCAGAAUUAUCUAAUAGUCUUUUUUUGGCUAAUAUUUUUAUAAUGUGGUUCUUAUUUAACUGUCUAGUUUUGAUAGAAUUUACCAGGUCUUGC